UCCGCCCCCUGCCCUGGGCCGCGCAGGGGCUGCCGGGAAAGCGGCGCCAUCAUGGCGGAUCCGCCGGAGGAGGCGGGGGGAGCCCCGGCCGUGAGUGCCGGGCCGGGGGUCCCGGAGCCCCCCCGGGGGCGGCAGCGCCUGGAGUCGCUGCUGAACCGGAGCCUCCGGAUCCGAAUGUCGGACGGGAGAACCCUGGUGGGAGCGUUCCUGUGCACCGACCGCCAGAGCAACGUCAUCCUGGGCUCUGCGCAGGAAUUCCUCAAAGCUGCGGGUCUGGGGCACAAAUCCGGGGGUCUUGAGACA